CCAAAUCAUGUCAGCCUUGAGUGGAAUUCCAGAUGUGGCCUUGGAGAUUGGACGUAGCCGGUAUAUAUUGGUUAAAGUCCAUUUGAAGGAUGAUGAAGAAACCUACAAAUAUGUUGUCCGUGGCUCUGUUCUAGCUGCUAACCAUACAGAGGUCUUUGAAAAGGAGACUGCUGCAUUGAAGGCGGCUGGCCUGGAGUGUGAAUGCCUUGGCGGCGGAUACAUCAUCCACCUCCCAGACACGAAAGAGCUAAAAGUCUAUGGCAACUCCCAGACCUAUGGGCAAGCGGACCAUGCCAAGACAACAGAGAUCCUCAAGAAACAAUACCCAACUUACACUUCAAUCACUUGGAGCAAUGAUGCCAUUGUGUAACAGUGUGUGUGACUUGCUUUAAAUGGAUUGCCUGAGUGUUAACAUGUCCUGCUAAUACAACAGAAUGAAAAUGUGCUAGCCCAAAUGUGCCAACACAGCAUGGUAAAUAAAGUGAGCACAGCCUAUU